AUGUCACAGGUAGAUUUUGAUAAGGAAAAAGAUGAUAUUUCAUCAAAUCAAAGAUUUGUUGAAGAUACAUCAUCUUCCGAAUAUGAUAUGACUGAUUUAGAUGGUAAUGAUGCCAUCUUACAUCAAAAGAUUAAAUUGAUUAAUGAUGCGAUUGAUGAAAUCGGGUGGACUCCAUACCAUCUCAAAUUAUUUUUCCUUAAUGGUAUGGGAUAUUGGACUGAUAAUCAAUUAAAUUUCUUGGAAUCGUCAGUUCGUACAUUUAUAAACUAUCAAUUUGGUUACAAAUUUCCUGUCUCAAAUUUAUGUUAUGCCGGGGGAAUGAUUUUAGGAGCAAUUGUGUUUGGAUGUGGAUCAGAUUUAAUAGGAAGAAAAUUAGCAUUCAAUAUAUCAUUAUUACUUAGUGCUAUAUUUACUAUAAUAACUGGUAUGAUGGGGAAUAUGGCAUCAUUUUGUUUAUUUGUUUUAUUAAGUUCAUUUGCAGCAGGUGGUAAUUUAGUUUUAGAUACUUGUGUGUUUUUAGAAUUUCUUCCUCAUAAAAAUAAUUGGGUUGUUACUUUAAUGGCAUUAUUUUGGGGUGUUGGUCAAACUGUUGCUGUAGCAUUAGCUUAUGCAUAUUUGCCAAAUAAUUCAUGUUCUGGAUAUGAUAAUUGUCCAAGUUCUUCAAAUCAUGGUUGGAGAUAUGUUUAUUAUACAAAUGGAUGUAUGGUUUUAAUUAUGGCUAUUUUAAGAGUAACUGUAAUUAGAUUGAAAGAGACACCAAAAUUUUUAGUUUCAAAUGGUAGAGAUAUUGAAGCGGUUGAAAAUUUGCAAAGUAUUGCAAGAAAAUAUAAUAGACCAUGUUCAUUAACUGCUGAUGAUUUAAUUGCUUGUGGUACAAUUACUUCAAAUGAAGAUUAUAGAAAAAAUUUUGAUUUAAAAGGAACUUUUAGAUUAAUUGGUAAACAUAUAAAAGUUUUAUUUGCAUCGAGAAAAUCAACAAGAUCAAUGAUUUUAUUAUUGUUUUCAUGGGCUUGUUUAGGUAUCACUUAUCCAUUAUAUUCAGCUUUCCUUCCAGAAUAUUUAGCUACAAGAGGAGCUAAUAUUUCUGCACCAGAUGUUCAUGGUGUUUAUAGAGAUAAUUUGAUUUCAAAUUCAUGUUCAACUGCUGGUCCUAUAAUUGCUGCUUUAAUGAUUGUUUAUAUACCUGUUAUAGGUAGAAGAGGUGUUAUGGCAUUUGGAGGAUUUUCAACAAUGGCAGUUUUAUUUGGUUAUACAGCCGUAAGAACAAGAGCUCAAAACGUGGGAUUGUCUUCAGCAGUCUACAUCUGUCUUUACAUUUAUUAUGGUGUGAUUUACAGGUAUGUUAUUCCAUUAUUAUCUUGAGUGUGUUUUCAAUGGAUCUCAACUUGUUAAAGAUCUGUUGUUAAAUCAUGGUGGUUUUAAUAUUUUGUUUUAAUACUAACUUGACUUUUUAGUUAUACACCAGAAGUUAUGCCUUCAUCUGGUAGAGCAACAGGAAAUAGUAUGUGUUUGCUUGCUACGAGAAUUUGUACGUUAAUUGUACCCGUGAUCGCGUAUUACUCAGAUACAUCUUCACAAGUUCCCAUAUAUAUUUGCGCUUCUUUUGUUGCUGUAAUUGCAUUAGUGGCAUUGGUUCUUCCUUAUGAACCGAAUAAGCAGAGAGUGGUGUGAGUAAUUGUAUCAUAUUUGACAUUUGUAUGUACCUUAUUUAUAUUUAAUAAAAGCUAAUAGAGUUGGACUUUUUGUAUAAAAUCUUACAACUGAGUCGAGGUAUCAAGCUUGAUUUAGCUCAUCAUAAUACUUGA